AUGGAACAGCAAAACGGAGCCUUGGCCCGGCCCAGAGUCAAGCUCGAUAUCGGUGGGGACUACGAUCAGUGGUGGAAGGACGUCUACUUUGCGCUAAGCGCCAAGCAUGGCAAGGGACUGCUGGUUUACUGCGAACCCCGACGUCAAAGCUACCUUAGCCACGAUGAGAAGGAGAACAUGGAAGAAGGAAAUUUCGAAGCAUCGGUGAUCAUCUACAACCACGUCUCCACCAGCCUCCUCUUGCGUGUGCCGCACCGAGACCGAUUCCUCCCUCGAAAGCUUCUCGCCCACCUCGCCGUACUCUCGAAGCCUUUCCGGAUCCUGGAUCUACCCGCCGAGCUCCGCUUUCGUAUCUAUGAAAUGUACUUCGCUGCGGUUGCACCAGGACCUCACAACGUACUCGACGACGGUCUUCCUAUGGCAACCACUUCUGUCCUGCCGAGCCUGACCAAGACCUGUCGGCAGAUACGCCAGGAAUCUCUCAGCCUCUUCAUCUCAUCAAGGACGCUUGAUAUCUCGCUACCCGUUAGCGAAGAUGAGUCUCAAGCUCUGCACAACAUCGACACCGUAAAAUUGUGGGCCGAAAACUGCGCAAAGGCAUAUCUGAGACAUCUCCGCGCUGUUAAUCUUUCGUACCACAUGUCCACGUUUCCGGGCUUCGACUGCAAUCUCUCUUUCACGGAGCACAGUGGCCUUCAGAUCAGUCUAGAAAGUGAUGACGCGUGGAUAUAUGCCAAUCAAAAAGCGGAGGCUAAGCAGAAGCAGCUCAAAGAGCACGCCGAGAAGAUCGAGGCAGAACGCAGGGUACUGGAUUUGAAGGGCGAGUCUAUCGUUCUGGCGUUGAUCAGGGACCCCGAGGUCUGGGUGUGGAGCGAUGAUCAAGGCGAAUGA